AUGACGUCCACAAGUUCCGUAGGUGUGGAUGGCCACCUCUUCCCCGUCCCCCCCGGCGCGGUCGCAAACUUCUGGAUCGUCGACACGACCGGCACCAUCGAGGGUCUCGGCGCCGACCACCUGGUGAAACCGAGUCUGCCGACCUUCCACACGUUCCCCAAAGUCCCGAGCUGGUCGUUUUUGAUCGAGACCACCGUCUCAGGGAAGACGAGGAGGGUGCUCUUCGACCUCGGCGUGCCCAAGGACGUCUAUGCCAUGCCGCCCGUGGUUUCGGGGAGGUUGAAAACGUUUGGGUGGGUGGUCGAGGUGCCCAAGACGACGGCCGAGGUUUUGGUCGAGAGUGCCGGCUCAGAGGGGGGAGGGUUGCGGUUGGAGGACAUCGAGGCUGUGGUUUGGAGUCAUUGGCACUGGGAUCAUCAAGGCGACGUCCAGCCUUUUCCCCCAACUACGGACCUGAUCGUCGGACCGGGCUUCGGCAAAGCAUUCCUCCCAGCGUACCCAGCGGGUCCUCAGUCGCCGAUACGGCAGACAGAUCUGGACGGUCGACGCCUGCGCGAGAUCGACUUUGACAACACACCCACCGUGCAGGUCGGCCAGAUCCGCGCCCUCGACUACUUUGGCGACGGCUCCUUUUACCUGCUCGACACGCCCGGCCACGCCAUCGGCCACCUGGGCGGUCUCGUCCGCACCACGUCGAACCCCGACACGUUUGCCUUUCUGGGAGGCGACCUGACGCACCACGGCGGCGAGCUCCGGCCCUCGAAACAUCUGAGCUUGUCUUCAGCCGUGGCAUCCGUCGCUGCGGGACAUUCCAGCGAGGGUCUGGGCACCGUGACGCUCCAGAGUCUCGAGACCCUCCAGACGUCGCGCGGCCGCGCCGUCGACCAAGCCUUCUUCGACCCCGUGCUCACCAGCGACUUUGACGAGGCGCUGCGCACCAUCGCCCGCGCACAGGACGCCGACGCCCAGGACAACGUCUGGUUCGUCGCCGCGCACGACGACACCAUCGCCGGCGUGGUCGAUCUCUACCCCAAGCGGGCCAACGGCUGGAAGGCCCGCGGGUGGCGCGAGAAGACCAUGUGGACGUUUCUGAGGGAUUUUCGCGGCGCGUUGCAAGGGGGGCAGUGUCCGGGCCAUAUUUGA